AAUAAAUAAAUAGAAUCAAUCUUCUUCUUCAUCAUCAUCGUUUAUCACGACCUCUGCCUCUUGGUCUCUCUCAAUAGUCAUUUUUAAUCUCUCUCAAUCUCUUGUAGCUUUCAGAUCUUUUCUUCUGUGCUGACCCCUCAACAUAAAUUUAAUUUAAGGUUCUUUUUUUUUUUUGUUGCUUUUUAAAGAAGGAAUAAUGAAUCGGAGGCAGCAAGUAAAGCGUAGAGUAGGUAAAUAUGAAGUUGGAAGAACAAUUGGGGAAGGAACUUUUGCUAAAGUUAAGUUUGCUAGAAACUCUGAAACUGGAGAACCUGUUGCUCUCAAGAUUCUUGAUAAAGAGAAAGUUCUCAAGCAUAAGAUGGCUGAACAGAUCAGAAGGGAGAUAGCUACUAUGAAGUUGAUUAAACAUCCUAAUGUUGUUCAGUUGUAUGAGGUGAUGGCAAGCAAGACGAAAAUAUUUAUCAUCUUGGAGUAUGUUACUGGAGGAGAGCUCUUUGAUAAAAUUGUAAAUGACGGGCGGAUGAAAGAAGAUGAGGCGCGGAGAUAUUUCCAACAGCUUGUACAUGCUGUGGACUACUGUCAUAGCCGAGGUGUCUACCAUAGAGACCUCAAGCCUGAAAAUUUAUUAUUGGAUGCCUAUGGAAACCUCAAGAUCUCAGAUUUUGGAUUAAGUGCUUUGUCUCAACAAGUCAGGGAUGAUGGUCUCCUUCAUACAUCUUGUGGAACUCCGAACUACGUUGCUCCUGAGGUUCUCAAUGAUAGAGGCUACGAUGGAGCAACGGCUGACAUGUGGUCAUGCGGUGUUAUACUCUAUGUUCUGCUUGCAGGUUACUUGCCUUUUGAUGAUUCUAAUCUGAUGAAUCUUUAUAAAAAAAUUUCAUCUGGUGAAUUCAACUGUCCUCCGUGGCUCUCACUUGGCGCCAUGAAACUGAUCACUCGAAUCUUGGAUCCGAACCCAAUGACUCGUGUAACACCACAAGAGGUAUUUGAAGAUGAAUGGUUCAAGAAAGAUUACAAGCCUCCAGUGUUCGAGGAUAAGGAUGAUUCAAACAUGGACGAUAUUGAUGCUGUUUUCAAGGACUCCGAGGAACAUCAUGUUACUGAGAAGAAAGAAGAGCAACCAGCGGCAAUCAAUGCAUUUGAGAUCAUCUCAAUGUCAAGGGGGCUUAACCUAGAGAAUCUGUUUGAUCCAGAACAGGAGUUUAAGAGGGAAACAAGGAUAACACUGAGAGGAGGCGCGAAUGAGAUCAUCGAGAAGAUAGAAGAAGCUGCAAAGCCUCUCGGUUUUGAUGUGCAAAAGAAGAACUACAAGAUGAGGCUUGAGAAUGUCAAGGCUGGGAGAAAAGGAAAUCUCAAUGUGGCGACAGAGAUAUUCCAAGUAGCGCCAAGUCUUCAUAUGGUUCAAGUCUCGAAAUCGAAAGGAGACACCCUCGAAUUCCACAAGUUCUAUAAGAAGCUCUCUAGUUCUCUGGAGCAAGUAGUCUGGACGAACAACGAAGCUAAGAAAGAAACAAGAAAGUGAUGUAUGAAUGUCUUUAUCUUCUGGGACAAAAGCGUGCUUUCUUUUUUUUUUAUGACCUUUUUUGCUUUUCCGGCUACUGUUUGAAUGGUGAGAAGGGAAGUGGGAUUAGUCUGUGUAACAAAGAUGUAAAUACAAAACCGCAUGACCCGGUAAGGUGCUGUGUUAAAGUCAUAUCGAAGCUUGUUGGCUAAGCGUUUGAAGAGCACCCUUGUUCGAGUUGAUCAGUUUGUCAGCAUUGAUCUCUUGCACCAAGAUUGUCAACAUUUGGACGAGCAAAACAGACCUAGGUUUUUGGCAUUUCUAGAAGAUUUCUUGAGCGUUUGCUAAAAACUCUCCACUUUUUUUAUAAGCCGAAAAUAUUAAGAGAUGUCACCAGUGUCAUUUCUUCUUUAGGAUCGGACUCUAAUAAAACUCACAACCUCCUCAGCUUUAAGUUCUAGGAUUCAUGGUGUGUUGUUUGUGCUCUUUUGUUCUUGAAUUCGGCUCGGCCUGUUAUAUCAUUUUUCUCUUUUA